AUGGAUGAUGCGCAUACCAGAGGCCAACAAGCCACAACAUUCACCCCGCCAGAAUUGAUCGCCUAUCAGUACCCCAAUCAAAAGCACUCAAGUAGUACACCAAAGCUCAUCGGAUACAAGACCGGCACUCAAGAUGACUCAGGCUUCAUCCCGGGUGAUGGCCCAGUGUGCCCAGGGCAAUAA